UAAAGAAUUUUAAACCCAACUCAGGAGGGGGAGGGGAGGGUCUUUCUCUGCAUCCUCCUCCUCCACUGUCUUUUUCAAAACUUUGCUGUGCUUUAUUGUUGUACAAAGAAUCAUAUAUUCUUCUCCUCACACGAGUGACCAUUUCCCCCACGACAAUCAUGGCGGUCUGGCAGCCCCGAGAGGAUGGCCUCUCUGAGAUCUGUGCUCUUCUCGAGCAACAGAUUUCUCCUUCCUCCGCCGCCGUUGACAAGUCUCAGAUUUGGAAGCAACUUGAGCACUUCUCCCAGAUUCCCGAUUUCAACAACUAUCUCGUCUUCAUCCUCGUCCGCGCUCAGGGUAAGUCAGUAGAGAUUCGCCAAGCUGCUGGAUUGCUGCUGAAAAACAAUUUGAAAGGUGGAUAUUCAUCCAUGGCUCAAGAGAACCGAAAGUACAUCAAGUCGGAGCUGCUGCCUUGUCUGGGAGCAGUGGACAGACAUAUCCGGACAACGGUUGGAACUAUCAUCAGUGAAAUUGUUAAUAUAGAUGGUGUUUCUGGAUGGCUUGAGCUUUUGCCAGCUCUUGUAACUUGUUUAGACAGCAAUGAUCUGAAUCACAUGGAUGGUGCAAUGGAUGCAUUGUCAAAGAUUUGUGAGGAUAUCCCACAUGUAUUGGAUUCAGAAGUGCCUGGUUUAGCAGAAACCACCCCUAUCAACAUUUUCUUGCCUAGGCUAUUUCAGUUUUUCCAAUCGCCACAUGCUUCGCUGAGGAAGCUUUCCCUAGGGUGUGUGAACCAAUAUGUCAUAAUUAUGCCUGCUGCUUUGUACAAUUCCAUGGAUAAGUACCUCCAGGGCCUGUUUGUCCUUGCCAAUGAUCCUGUAGCAGAAGUCAGAAAAUUAGUAUGCGCAGCAUUUGUGCAGCUCACGGAAGUUCUCCCCUCGUCUAUAGAGCCACAUCUCAGGAAUGUAAUGGAAUACAUGCUACAAGUCAACAAAUACCCUGACGAAGAAGUCGCUCUUGAAGCAUGUGAAUUUUGGUCUGCGUACUGUGACGCUCAGCUUCCGCCGGACAAUUUAAAAGAGUUACUACCACGACUUAUUCCAGUGUUGCUCUCAAACAUGGCUUAUGCAGAUGACGACGAGUCGCUUUUGGAUGCGGAGGAAGAUGAGUCUCAACCAGACAGAGAUCAGGAUUUGAAACCUCGAUUUCAUACAUCAAGGCUUCAUGGAUCAGAGUAUUUUGAUGACGAUGAUGAUGACUCGUUUAACGUCUGGAAUUUAAGAAAGUGCAGUGCAGCAGCUAUUGACGUUCUCUCUAAUGUAUUUGGAGAUGAAAUCCUUCCAGCACUCAUGCCUCUUAUUCAGGCGAAAAUAUCAACUUCUGGUGAUGAGACCUGGAAAGAAAGGGAAGCUGCUGUUUUGACCCUUGGGGCUAUUGCUGAAGGCUGCUUUAACGGUCUUUACCCUCACUUGUCUGAGAUCGUAGCAUUUCUUCUUCCUCUUUUAGAUGACAAGUUCCCUCUCAUACGGAGCAUAUCUUGCUGGACGCUUUCUCGAUUUGGCAAGUAUCUUAUCCAGGAAACUGGCAAUCCAAAGGGUUACGAACAGUUUGAGAAAGUUCUUAUGGGUCUUCUCCGCAGACUCUUGGAUACGAACAAGCGGGUCCAGGAGGCUGCCUGUUCAGCUUUUGCAACUGUUGAAGAGGAUGCCGCUGAAGAGUUAGUGCCACACCUAGGAGUAAUACUGCAGCAUCUAAUGUGCGCUUUUGGAAAGUAUCAGAGGCGGAACUUAAGAAUUGUUUAUGAUGCUAUUGGAACACUGGCAGAUUCGGUUAGAGAAGAGUUGAAUAAGCCUGCUUAUCUUGAAAUUCUGAUGCCUCCACUGGUCGCAAAGUGGCAACAACUUUCAAAUUCAGACAAAGAUCUAUUUCCAUUGCUGGAAUGCUUCACGUCUAUUUCGCAGGCUUUGGGUGUUGGGUUCGCUCCAUUUGCUCAGCCUGUUUUCCAGAGAUGUAUGGAUAUCAUCCAGCUACAACAACUGGCUAAGGUUGAUCCUGCUUCUGCUGGGGCUCAGUACGAUAGAGAAUUCAUUGUUUGCUCUCUUGAUUUACUUUCUGGACUUGCUGAAGGACUUGGCAGUGGGAUAGAGUCUCUGAUUUCACAAAGUAACCUAAGAGAUGUGCUUCUUAAGUGUUGCAUGGAUGAAACCUCUGAUGUCAGACAAAGUGCUUUUGCCCUCAUGGGUGAUCUUGCAAGAGUAUUCCCGGCCUACCUACAACCUCGUCUGCUUGAGUUCCUUGAAAUUGCAAGCCAGCAACUGAAUGCAAACCUCAGUAGAGAAAACCUUUCUGUCGCAAAUAAUGCUUGUUGGGCCAUUGGAGAAUUAGCAGUCAAGGUUCGUCAAGAAGUCUCACCAAUUGUGACCAACGUUGUCUCUUCCCUGGGCCUGAUUCUUCAGCAUGGAGAGGCUGUUAAUAAGUCACUAGUUGAGAACAGUGCAAUUACUUUGGGGAGACUAGCAUGGAUUCGUCCAGACCUCGUUGCACCUCACAUGGAGCACUUCAUGAAGCCAUGGUGCUUGGCAUUGUCAAUGGUACGUGAUGACAUUGAGAAAGAAGAGGCAUUUAGAGGAUUAUGUGCAGUGGUUAAAGUGAAUCCAUCAGGAGGUGUCAGCUCACUUGUUUUCAUAUGCAAAGCCAUUGCAAGCUGGCAUGAAAUAAGAAACGAGGACGUCAAAAACGAAGUCUCCCAAGUUCUGAACGGCUAUAAACACAUGCUUGGAAACUCAUGGGCGGAAUGUUGGUCUGCUUUGGAACCUCCUGUAAAAGAAAGGCUUUCGAGAUACCAAGUGUAAUAAUGAUUGUACACCGGUUACUCUCAAAUAUGAGAAAGAUCUGAUCUAUCUUAUUCAUUGCAAACAACAAAUAGAUUCACUGAGCUUGAUGAGCAGAAGGCGCUUUUGACACACAAUUAAGAUGGAAGGGCAGAAAGGUCACAAGAGAAAAGAAACAGUACAGAGUUUGGUAUGUGUGGGUGGGGCUCUUCAGAUAACAUGGUUUUAACGUCUUCUAUACUUCCUAUUACUCGAUCAAAAAAAAAAUAUAUAUAUAUAUAUACUUUCUGUUACUACAUCAACUCUUCGUCCUUUAUCUUUGGUGGGCAACGUUUUAUGGAAGGUUAAAGCAGUUUUGGCUAUCAGAUUUCUAAACCGAUGGAGCUUAAGGAAGAUUCAAUAUUCAUUGUGCAUCAACUUGGUGAACUAUUGGACAUGUGGAUUAGUGGAUACCAAUAAAAGAAUGUGUUUUGUCUUCUGCCAUCAUGCUCAUCUGAGUUUGGUUACUCUAUUUGACACUAGUAUUACGACAAAUAUUCAUUACAAAUGUUCUAUUGCAUUUAUAUUUAAAUCU